CAGAAUUUAAGAUUCUCGCCCAAAAACAUGUCUAAAUACGAGGCAAAUUUGCAUGUUGUGUUUUUUGCAGAAUUGAUUGUCUUUAUUUGUAAGGGAUCACAAUCAGCCAAUCUACCUCCAUGGAUAACAUCAGUGUUUGAGCCUGAGUAUUACGUUCCAGCAAAACAUCCAACCCCUUUUGUUCUUCAGUGCAAGGCAAAGAAUGGGAUUAUAAGCUACCAGUGGUUUAAGAACAACGUGAAAUUUCAAACAAAUCAUCGAGUUGUUGUCAGUGAGCAAAGUGGGGAUAUUACCUUUCAUAACCUAACAAAUGAAGAUUUUGGAGUAUAUUAUUGUGUAGCCGAAAAUAAGCAUGGUUCUUCUGUAUCCUCCUUCGUUAAAAUUCUUGAGGCAGUCCUUCAUGGGUUUAGUGGAAACACACAUGGAAAUAUUACAUGUAAGAUAUUCCAUCACUGCAAGAUUCCUUGUUCCAACCAGCCGAGUUGUCAACCAAUCAAUGAAUGUACAUUUGAAUGGAAAAGUGGAGAAGGAAUAGGAAAUACCGUUAAAACAAAUGAAAACGUAACAAUUGAUAGUAAGGGUGAUCUACAUUUUCUGAGCAUUAACAGAUCCUACGAAAGCCAUAAUUUAAGCUGUGGCGUAUGGAAUGCAAUCUUAAUGAGAUUUGUGAAGGGUACACCAUAUACAGUUAAAAUAGAUGACAAUAAUGAUACAGUAACUUCCAAGGCUAUUUGGAAUAACAAUCCUAAGGCUAGAAUUGGAGAGAACGCAACGUUGCAAUGCACUUUUUCUGGAAGUCCUGUUCCGAACAUAGACUGGCUACUAAGAAAUGGAUCUGUUGUUAAACCUAAUUCAAAAUUCAAAAGUGAAAAAAACGGAAGACAUCUCUUUAUACGGAAUGUAACAUUUGAUGAUGAUGGUGUCUAUACAUGUGUUGCCAACAAAAGCAACUUGACCAUGAUUUCAUAUCUAAAUGUUACAACUCCGCCAAUUUUUGUUGAUGUUGGUAAUCGUUUUAUGAUGAAGUUAAUACAGCUUUCACACAUGGAAGAUACAGAAAUUCAAUGCAAUGCAAUUUCGGCGCCAAAUGAAUCUGAACCUGUCGUCAUUCUAUGGAUGAGGAAUGGAAGAAACAUAAACAAAGAUCCGUUAUAUAGGUUUUCAGAAGAAAAGAAAAAUUUACAUAUUGGAACCAAUGUUCCAAUUUCAGAGAAUGGAGACUGUUUCACAUGUGUUAUAGAAAACAGCGAAGGAAUUGGAGUUGCAAAUUUUAUCUUAACUUCUAAAGACAGAGGUCAGAGACAGAGAGUGAACUACGUAGUCAUCACCGUUUGUUCUAUAGCCAUUGUCAUUCUAGUCAACAUAGGAGUCAUUAUCGUGAAGACAAAAAGAGUUAUGUGCAAAGCAAAGGUUAAAGAUAUCCCAGAGGAGGCUGCUGAGGCAGAAGAAGAACCUGUUUAUAGUGAUCCUAAUAUUGAGCUCUCAGAAAAUCUGUACAAUUCAUACUGUGGUGAAGAGGUGUCUUAUGAUACUCCACAAAUGUCAAUUCAUGAUUAUCCUGAAAAUGAUUACAACGUUUUAAGAGAGUACAAGGUUGAACAAGCAGACAACAAUUUUUACGACUGUACGGAAAAUGUUUCUGGAACAUAUAACUUAAGUUUCCGGAGGAAUCCUCAGACUAUAUUGGGAUUAUAUGAUAAUCUAGGAUCGGAGGAAAGUAGUACAGAUACCUGAUUGUGCUUAUAGUAAUGACAAUUUACUCAUUUUCAUUAACCUUGAUAUGGGGUCUUAAAGCAAAUGUUGUAAAUAAAAAGUGAAGACAAAUAACUUAUAGUUAUACGAAAAGCAUCAUUAAUUUUCAAUAUCAAUUCAUUUAUUAACUUGGUUUAGAUGCCAUAUGUUACGCAAAUUUUAGCUAUUUUUUAAAAAAGUGAUAUGAGAGUCCUAUUGGUUUAUUUUCAGAAAGCGUAAAUAACAUUGUAUCUAUAAAACAAAGACAGAAAUAGUGGGUAUGUCAUAAAAACUACUUUAAAUAGAAGCAUUUUAUAUAAAUGAAAACAUUUUAAUCAAUAAUUCUGUGUCAUUCUUUAGACAAAUGAUGUGUGUCUAAAUUUUUUUUUUAUCAAAUACAAUACGGAAAAUAUUAUGUAGUGAUCAGCUGUGCACUUAAAGAGUACUUUGCAAUUAAAACUGUGAAAUUUGCUGUAUUUGAUGUACAUUAUAAAUAGAAUAUUGGAUUAUUUUGCGCUAGUAUGCAACAGUCAUACAGCAAACGUUUGACGGUAAAAGACACAGAUGUUAUCUUGCUUAAUCAUAUUAUCUUUAUAAAAAUAUUUUGUUUAAUUUCUACAACUGAUUAUUGCCUCUUGUUCCAAUGCCGGGGAUUACACACAAAAUAUAGGGCUAUGAAAUAAUAUGUGUGAUGCAUGUAUUUGCAAAAUUCUAUAGGUAGUUAAAAUUUUAAAAGUUUAUUAAAGUUUAAAUGUAAUAUUGAAAGUGUAACCAUUUGAUAUAUGUAACAAAUUGAGUUUUCGUUCACAUUAUCUUUGAAAUAGUUUGUUUGUUGGAUACGGUUUAUCUUUUUAAAGAUAGUCA